CCCGCCGUGGUGCGGACGGCGCAGGAGACGAUUGGAAUCAGCGUCAGCGGCGGCGCGACUGCCGAGCUGCCCACCUCACCCGCCCGCACGCCCAGCGACGCCUCGCCCGCGCGCUUCCUCACCAAGCGCAAGUCGAGCAAGAGCAUCGCCCUCGCCUCCACCACCAACAUCACCGUCGCCUCGGACGGCUCCGUCGAGGAGGCAAAGCCCGAAGCCGAGCCCACGCCAGAGCCAGCACCCACGCCAGCGCCAGCACCGGCCGCCGACGCCCCGCUGCCGCCCGAGCCCCCGAAGCCCGACGUAGCGAACACCUGGGGCUGGACGAGCUGGUGGUCGCGGCCCGACGGCUACACCGAGGCCGCCAAGGCAAAGAGCGCGGGACAGGCCAGCGUGCAGGACGCCUCGAGCACCCCGCUGCCGGGGACCACGCCGUCCGAGGAGCCGGACGCGGCCGCCAAGGGGCUGGACAGCGCCCUGGAGACGGACGCCGAUAAGGACAAGAAGGAUCAGGAGGGUCAGGAGGGCCAGGAGGGUCAGGAUAAGGCCCAGAACAAGGUCGACAGCCCUGCAGUACGCCCAGAGAACCCCGACACGAAAGACACAAGCAAGCCGACCGCGCGGAACUCAAGCGGCUCCUGGUUCUGGCUGUGGAGCAACGCGCAGAACGUCCAGGCCAACUCGCCUCCGCCGCAGCAGCCCGCCAGCGAGUUCUUCACCCCGAACACAUAUUCAGAUCAGGCGACCGAGCUGGCGCAAGAUAUAGUACCGAAAGAUGUAGUACCAAAAGACACAGCACCGAAAGAUACAGCACCACAAGGCGUGACAGAAACACCGCAAGACGUACCACAGCCUCCCGCAGAGACAUCCACCGACCAGCCGCCUCCCCAAACUCCAGCAAAGACCCCCGCGAAAGCCUCGGGCUGGGCCUUUUGGUAUCGCGACCCUGCCAGCGCCCAGCAUGCCGAGGGCGAGGCGCAGAAGCACGUCGGCGAGGUGGCCGUCUUCGACACGCCCUCGCAGUCUCAUCCCGAGGCAGCGCAGUUCAACGAGCAGGAGCAGCCCAAGGCAGACGCCCCAGAGCCGAAGCCGAAGCCGAAGCCGAAAGCGAACGAGUCCCUGGUCAAGAAGUCGCUGGGCUCCCUGCGGGGACGCACGAGAAAGGCGGCCACGAAAGACCUUGCUAGCGAGCCAGCAGACACAGCGAGUGCACCAGCGACGCCCACCCGCUCCUCCCCCGAACGCGAGCCUACCCUCCCGCCCGCUGCUACACCCGCUCCCGCCGCCAAGAAACAGGACCCGCCAAACCUCAUCCUCCCCGACUUCGCCUCCACCUACCGCCUCGCCCAGCAGCCGAGCCUCUGGAAACAAGUACGCCGGUACUUCCUAGCCAGCGAGCCCGCCUCCGCGCACCUCUCCCUCAACCCCACCCCGCCGCGUAUCCGCAAGGCCGUCGCCAUCGGCGUCCACGGCUUCUUUCCCGCCCCGAUCUUCCAGCGCAUCAUGGGCCAGCCGACCGGCACGUCUAUCCGCUUCGCCAACGCCGCCGCCGCCGCCAUCAAAGACUGGUCCGAGGCGCGCGGCUACUGCCCCGAGAUCGAGCAGGUCGCGCUCGAGGGCGAGGGCUUUGUAGCCGAGCGCGUCAACACCCUGUGGAAGCUGCUGCUGAACUGGAUCGACCACCUCAAGGCCGCCGACUUCAUCCUCGUCGCCUGCCACUCGCAGGGCGUGCCCGUGGCGACGAUGCUGGUCGCCAAGCUGAUUCAGUUCGGCUGCGUCGGCGGCGCGCGCAUCGGCGUGUGCGCCAUGGCCGGCGUCAACAUGGGCCCCUUCAUCGAGUACAAGACAAAGUACUUCGGCCCCACCGCCGCCGAGCUGUUCGAGUUCUCCAACCCCGACAGCCUCGUCAGCCAGAUGUACCUCGCCGCCCUGAACGAGGUGCUGCGCGCCGGCGUCCACGUGCUGUACGUCGGCAGCAUCGACGACCAGCUGGUGUCGCUGGAGUCCUCCACCUUCACCCCCCUCACCCACCCCCACAUCCACCGCGCCGUCUUCAUCGACACCCGCCUCCACGCGCCCUCCUUCCUCACCCACCUCGUCAGCCUGGCCCUCACCCUGCGCAACCGCGGCCUGCCCGACCACAACCUGCUGCGCGAACUCUCGCCCGCGCUGGCAGGUAGCUUGUACGCCGGCGACGGCCACUCGCGCGUCUACGAGGACCCCGCGGUGUACAUGCUCGCGGUGAGAUGCGCGCUGGAGACGACUAGCUUGCCUGCUGCACCGGCGCAGCGGCCAGGGAGCAGCGGCAGUUUCGCGGGCAUCAGUGUGCCCGUCGUCGGCGCCCCCUCGUCCCCAACUCCAACAAAGCCCCCGUCCAAGUCCCCCCCCUCGUCCUCGUCUCUCGCGCUCGACCCCCACUCCCUCCGCAUCUCCUCCUACCCGCCUCCCCCGCCCGCGACACCAAACCCCUUCUUCCUCCCCUGGGCGAUGCGCGGACUCCUCGCCGAGGCAUCGGGCGCUGCGGAUCUCGAGUCUGAAGUGGCGGAGCUGCUGGGCGCUUUCGAAGAGUGGAGACCCGUGGGGAAGGGACUCAAGGAGGUGAAGUGGCGGCUGGAGGGGGUGAGAAGUCGGCUGUGA